AUGACCUCCCCAUGGGCCAGGUUGCUCCUCACCUGCCCGCCCCGCCUGACCCUGACCAUCACCUGCAUUCCUGUCCUCUUCACAGUCUUCGUCUGCAUCGCUAUCAUAGGUUGUCCCGACGGGGCGCGAGAUGGGCGGGGAGUGCGCAUCGUUGGGGGCACCCUGGCUGAGGAAGAUAAGUGGGGCUGGCAGACAAGUCUGCACUGGAGGGGAAAGCACGUCUGUGGGGGGUCCAUCAUCAGCCCACGCUGGGUCAUCACAGCAGCUCACUGCUUCGUCCAGUACAACAUGAUGUAUGAGUCCGACUGGCAGGUUGUGGUUGACACCGUCCGCUUGUUCGACGCUUCGCAGGGGAAGAGGUACAGUGCCCUGGAGAUCUAUCCCCACCCAAGCUUCUCUGAGGACAACAACGACUACGACCUGGGGCUCCUACGCACCACAGCAGACAUGGAGAUGAGAGGUGGAGUGAGGCCUGUGUGCUUACCGAGUCGGAGGGAGUCAUUCCCCGUGGGUUCCCCCUGCUGGGUCACCGGCUGGGGCUACACAAAGGAGGGCGGCUUGGUGUCGUCAGAGAUGAGGCUAGCCCAGGUGAGGGUGAUCGACCAAUCCCUGUGCUCGCAGCCAAAUGUGUACGGCUCCUACCUCACUCCCAGAAUGCUUUGUGCUGGUUUCAUGGAGGGAGGGGUGGACUCCUGCCAGGGAGACAGCGGAGGCCCCCUGGUGUGUGAGACAGCAGAGAGAGAGUGGAGACUAGCCGGCGUGGUGAGCUGGGGUGAGGGAUGUGGCCGACGCAACAAGCCUGGGGUUUACACACGCGUCACCCACCUGUUAGAGUGGAUGGAGCGCUACAUACAGGUGGCAGAGGAAGAAACAUAGGCCUACUCAUCAGAA